AUGGCCAAAGAAGCCCUGCGAUUUCAUAGGGUUUCAGCAUCGUGUUCCUUUCACUGUCUGAAUGGUGGAUGGUGCACUCAGUCAAAAUCAUGUGACUGCAGCUUAUUUCAGGCCACUGGAAACAGGUGUCAGACAGUACCAAAUCGUGGCUUUGAGAGAGAGAUGACAUGCAGGACCUGGGGUCAAUAUAACUUUGAGACUUUUGACGGCCUCUACUACUACUUUCCUGGCCGAUGUACGUACACAUUGCUGAAAGACUGUGAGGAAACUACACAAGCAAGCAUUGUUGUCCAGGUGCACAAUGACCCGGGCUGUGACUCUGAGCCUUACAGCUGCCAGCGCUCGGUCAGCCUCUUCCUUACGUGGGAGGGUGAGAUCCGGUUGCACGCCAACAACGUGACAUUCAAAGGGCAAAGUUUGCAGCUUCCGACUUAUAUCCAUGACAUUCAUCUAAAGCAGCUCUCUCAGUAUGUGUUAGUCACACAGCCACAAGGCUUCAUGCUGGCCUGGGAGGGAAAGAGUGGCUCAGUCUACAUUAAACUCAGCCCAGAAUUUGUGGGAAGAACAUGUGGCCUCUGUGGGAACUUCAAUGCAGAUAUAGAGGAUGACCUCAGGACAAGCUAUGGUGUGCUGACUCAUGAAAUAGAAAUGUUUGGAAACAGUUGGCUGGAGACAGCACCUUUCCAGGACCAGUGUCCCAUGGUUCCCUCUAGUUUCCCCUCACCUUGUAUAGCGUUGGGUGUGGAUGUCAUGCUGAAAGUUGAGGAAAUAUGUUUAAUGCUACUGGAUCCACCAUUCCAAAGCUGCCAUGACUUUGUCAGCCCUUUGUCCUACAUGGCCAGCUGCUUCAACGACAUCUGCUUGUCUGGUCCAACCAGUGAUGCAGUAUGUCAAGUGUUUACAGAGUACUCCCGAGCCUGUGCCCAUGCCAACCGUCCACUGAAUGAGUGGAGAGACCACAUUCCACAGUGUGUGAAGCAGUGUCCUGAAGGUCUACAGUACCUGGAAUGUAUCAGCUGUUGCCCAGCAUCCUGUAAGCAAGAGGAGACAUGCACCGAUAGCAGGCUGGCUUGUCUGGACGGAUGUUUUUGUCAAGAUGGUUUGAUAUUUGAGAAUGGGAGCUGUGUUCCCCCUUCUGACUGUCCUUGUGAGUUUCAUGGUGCCCUCUAUCCAUCUGGACAAAUGAUACAAGAGGAAUGCAACAACUGCACAUGUGUGGAUGGACUGUGGAACUGCACCGAAUACAACUGCCCAGGGGAAUGCUCUGUGACUGGCGAUAUGUUUUUUCAGUCAUUUGAUGGGCGUAUCUACACCUUUCCAGCAAUGUGCCAGUAUGUCCUUGCCAAAAGUCGCAACUCCGGGAAGUUCACAGUCACCAUCCAGAAUGCUCCCUGCGGAGCUAAUUUGGAUGGGUCCUGCAUCCAAUCUGUAAAUUUAGUUAUUGAUGAGGAUCCUAGAAUGGAAAUUACACUGAGCCACAUUGGUGAGGUCUACAUCGCUGGGCAGUACCGCAUCUCCUUGCCCUACUCUGACGACAACUUCCACAUCCAAGAGCUCUCAUCCAUGUUCCUCCAAGUGAAGACAACAUUUGGUGUACGUCUGCAGUACAACUGGAAAGAGUUUCGUCUCUACCUGACGGCCAGUGCAUUGUGGAAAGAUAAUACAGUGGGGCUAUGUGGAACCUUCAACGGCAACAUUCAAGAUGACUUCCUGUUGUUAAGUUUUAUGUCUCCCGCUGGUAUGAUAGAAAGCACUCCUCUACUGUUUGGGAACGCCUGGAGGGUCUCGUCAGCUUGUACACUCAGCAUGAUCACUCCACAGCUUGACCCCUGCGAUACCCACCCACAAGCUGUGGCCUAUGCCUCGAAGAUGUGUGAUAUUCUGAACCAGGAUCUGUUCUCCCCUUGCCAUGAGUACCUCAGUCCAGUGCCUUUCCACCAGCAGUGCCGCUCAGAUACCUGCAAAUGUGGAGUAGCUUGCCUUUGCUCUGCUCUGGCCCACUAUGCUCGCCACUGCCGCAGGUUCUCCAUCGUUAUUGACUUCCGAUCGCAUAUAAACGACUGUGCUGUCACCUGUCCCACCACCAUGCAGUAUGGUGUGUGCGUGUCAUCCUGUCAACGCCGCUGCUCCACCCUCUCUUCUUCGCAUCACUGUGGAAGAGAAUGUGAAGAGGGCUGCGUCUGUCCGCUUGGAUUAUUCUACAACCAGCAAACACACAGCUGUGUGCACAGGAGAGAGUGUCCUUGCACUUUCCUUGGUGCUGAUUAUGAACCGGGAGAUAUGAUCAUGACAUCAGCAGGUGUUCAGCUGUGCCUGGAUGGUAAAUUUGUGCCACAAACAACAGAGGAUGACAGUUUAUGUCCUGAGGGUCAUUUAUACCACAACUGCUCGGAGGGUGAGAAUGACGUUCUUCCAGGAAGAGGUGUGGCCUGUGAGCGCACAUGCGAGUCGUACCUCCUCAACUUGACCUGCUCAGCGCAUGAGCCCUGUAUGAGUGGAUGUAUCUGCCCCUCUGGGCUCCUGAAACAUGGAGAUGAGUGUUUUGAGCCUGAGGCCUGCCCCUGUCUAUGGAAAGGAAAAGAGUACUACCCUGGGGACAAGGUGUCUUCCCCCUGCCAUCAAUGUGUUUGUCAGCAUGGGACAUUCCAGUGUGUGUUUCGUCCAUGUCCUUCCAUGUGCACAACAUACGGAGAUCGUCAUUACCGAACUUUUGAUGGCCUACUAUUUGACUACAUUGGUGGUUGUCAAGUUUAUCUUGUAAAGAGCAGUGCUGAUGUGAAUCUCAGUGUUACUGCGAAGAACAUUGACUGUUUUGACAAUGGCAUAAUCUGUAGGAAAUCACUGAUGAUUAACAUAGGAAGAUCCUUCAUAGCUUUUGAUGAUGACACUGGAAAGCCUAACCCAACAAGUGUCAUGAGCGGGAAUCACAGGAUGCUCAUCUGGCCUGCUGGCUACUUCACUGUAAUUCAUUUCCCAGAGGAGGACGUCACCAUUCUGUGGGACCGUAAAACCACCAUCCAUAUCCAGGUUGGACCUCAUUGGCAGGGGAAGCUGAGUGGUCUGUGUGGAAACUUUGACAUGAAGACUGUAAAUGAGAUGCGCACGCCUGAAAACAUCGACGCGACAACACCCCAAGAGUUUGGAAACAGUUGGACAACAUCGAGGUGUGUGAACGGUCCGGAUAUGAGACACCCAUGCACUCUGAGUCCACUCAGAGAGCUGUUUGCCAAGCAGCAGUGUGCUGUCCUGCUAAGUGAGGUCUUUCAGGCCUGUCAUCCUGUGGUGGAUGUUACCUGGUUCUAUAUGAACUGCCUGGCAGACACGUGUGGCUGCAAUCGGGGAGGAGACUGUGAAUGUUUCUGCACUAGUGUGGGAGCAUACGCCCAACGAUGCUGUCACGAUGGGAUUCCUAUCGACUGGCGCUCCCCAUCUUUGUGCCCAUACGAUUGUGAAUUCUACAACAAAGUGCUUGGGAAAGGCCCCUUUAGAUUGGUCCCCUUCAAAUAUCCGACGCUAGUGCUCGCUGCUAACAGGUCCAGCGGAUCAGUGUUUGUGAAGCAAGGAAACACCAGUGACACAACUGGGACCCUCUCACACUUUAUGAUGACACCAGGCCUGAGCAGAGCACGACCACAUGACACAUCACGGGUAUCUUUUGAGGCAGCACACCGACCAAAUCACUUCCUGUAUGUAAGCCUUAGUGGGCAGGUGAAACUGGCCAAGUGGGAGGAAAGUGAGGCCUUAUGGGAUCGAGCCACCUUUGUGCUCCACCGGGACACUUGGGUCUCAGGCUUUGACUCUCUGGAGUCCCAGGCAAAGCCUAGAUUCUUCUUACAUGCCACCCACCCUCGACUUCACCUGCUCAAAUAUCGUCACACCGACAGCUUCCGCAAGGCCACUCUUUUCAGACUCUCAGGGACGAGCCAGGAUGCCCCUCCUCAUCCACAGUGCCAAUGGAGAUAUGACUCCUGUAUCAGUCCUUGUUUCAAAACCUGCAGCGACCCAUCAGCAGAAGCCUGUGUGGCAAUUCCGCAAGUGGAGGGCUGCCUUCCUGUCUGCCCCCCACACAUGGUCCUGGAUGAAGUCACUCGUCGUUGUGUCUACGUGGAAGACUUAGAAAAAACAAGUCCUACAUCAGAUAGCAUCACCUCCAUGAAUGUAUCAUUCACAAAGGCAUGCACGCCUCCAUAUGUGGAGAUUGUUGAUGAGUGCACCAAGUUCAUCUGUGUCAACAAUCAGCUCAUCUUGUUCAAUAAAUCCCUAAACUGCCCCUUCUCUCAACCGUUGAACUGUGGUUUGCUUGGCUUUGCCAUAUUGGUCAAUGGUGACAAAUGCUGCCCCCAGUGGGACUGUCCAUGUCGCUGCUCUAUGUUUCCAGACUUGAAUGUGAUCACAUUUGAUGGAAACAGUGUUGCCAUCUACAAGGCUGCCUCCUUUAUAGUGACUCAGCUACCCAACGAGACAGUCAGUGUUCUGGUUCAGGAGUGCCCUGUUGGAUCACAGUCACCACUUCUGUGGAAUUUUACCAACCUAUGUCUGGUGGCACUCAACAUCACUCACAAUUCCAACCACAUCAUCAUCGACAGGCUACAAAGGAGGCUCUAUGUCAACUCUCGGUACGCCAAGCCUCGUUUUAAAAAGUUUGGGUUUGAGGUCUACGACACGGGUAACAUGUAUCUGAUCCGAAGCCCGGCUGGUCUCAAGCUGCAGUGGUAUCACAGCACUGGAAUGAUGGUAAUCGACAGUGACAGCCCCAGCUCUGGCAAGACCCUACCCACCAUUGGCCUCUGUGGUUUUUGUGAUGGAGACCCAACAAAUGACCUGACUUUGGCCAAUGGUACCACUGUGGGAAGGAAUGAGGCUGCAUCGCUCUUCAUCGACAGCUGGCAGGUUCCCAAUACCACCAGUUAUGUCAGUUACAGUCGGCGCAGAGACUUCAACUGCUCCACCAGUGACUGCUCCCGGUGCUUGGUCAUGCUACAAAAACCAGCCUUUUUUCCAUGCCAUGCCUUUGUCUCUCCAAGCACUUUCUGUGAGGUUUGGGUCCAAGAUGUGGAGUAUGUGAACAACCAGUGUGUGGCACUGGCUGCCUACGUAGCCACUUGCCACAAAUUCAACAUCUGCAUUGAAUGGAGGAGACCAGAUUACUGUCCCUUCAUUUGUCCUGAAACGAUGAGUUACAAAGCCUGUCUGCCAGCCUGCACGUCUAAGUCAUGUCCUAAUCAGGAUUUUGACUCAGACCCAGACCACUGCUCAGGCCUGACUGAGGGUUGUGCCUGCCCGGAAGGAAUGCUACUUCAUCGGCCAUACACUUCCCUCUGCAUACCUCCCAAUAAGUGUGCCUGCACUGACAGUUUUGGAAAUCCACGUGCACAUGGUGAGGUGUGGAAGGCUUCAAAGGACUCCUGCUGUAUGUACCGCUGCGACAAAGAUGCAGUUAUCCCUGUGGAGUACAACUGUUCCACCAUGAUGACGCCUGUGUGCCAGCGAGUUGGGGAGGUAGUCGUCAGCCUGGCAGAUGACACCAGCUGCUGCCCCCGUAAAAUAUGUGUGUGCAAUCAGACUCAUUGUGACCACCUGCCUCCCGACUGUAAGUAUGGGGAGAAGUUGGUGGCAUACUACCGAAAGGACUCGUGCUGUCCAGAAUAUGUGUGCGAGUGUGAUCCUGCAAACUGUGAGGCAGAGAUUCCCACCUGUAGAAAUGACCAGUCUUUAAUUGCAACUAGAACUCGAGAUAGCUGCUGUCUGACUUACAUCUGCAUGUGCUCUUCUUGUAUGGACACACCUCCACUAUGUCGGGAUGGUGAGAUUCUGACAGUCAACGAGAACAGCACUGACCGAUGCUGCCCCUCCUACUAUUGUGUAUGUGAUCCCUCCAGGUGUUCUCAACCAAGCUGUCCUUAUGGGAUGUCAGUGCUGUCAGUGUCCAGUACAGAUCAUUGCUGUGGCGAGCAUACAUGCGAAUGUUCCUGUGACAAGAUUACCCCCCCGAAAUGUGGACUGGGAGAGGUUCCUCAAUUGGAGCAGGCCUUUCUGUCUGACCCACAGAACCAAUGUGGCUGCAAAAGAUACAAGUGUGUGAGAGAGGCAGUAUGCGUGUACCAGGGAGUGCUACAGGGGGUGCUGCGGCCCGGUCAGACCCUGGUGGAACAUCGCGCAGAUGGCUUGUGCUACAGCAGACAGUGCAGUCAAGUUCUAGAUGUGUUCAGUGGUUUUCAUAUACUGCGGAUCAGCAGCACCAACUGCUCUGCACUUUGCAAACGAAAUCAAAUCUAUAUUCCUCCAAAAGACCAGUCAACAUGCUGUGGCGUUUGUAAGAAUAUAUCCUGCCUUUACACUCAUGAAAAUGGGUCAACAAUUCUUUAUAAGCCAGGGAAAUCCUGGGUGUCCAACUGCCUGAAGUUUGAAUGUAUAGACACCGUGUCCGGCCCGACAAUGAUCACCUAUCCCUUCAGCUGCCCCCCCUUCAAUGAAACGGAGUGUAUGAAGAUUGGAGGAACUAUAAUAAGUUACAUGGACGGAUGUUGCAAGACAUGCAAAGAAGACGGGAAGUCGUGUCAGAAGGUGACAGUGAGGAUGACUAUCAGGAAGAAUGACUGUCGCAGUAACAGACCGGUGAAUAUAGUGUCAUGUGAUGGGAAAUGUCCAUCUGCCAGUAUCUACAACUACAACAUCAACACGUACGCUCGUUUUUGCAAGUGCUGUCGGGAGAUGGGACUGCAGCGGCGCUCUGUGCAGCUCUACUGCAGUGGCAACUCCACCUGGGUCAGCUACAGCAUUCAAGAACCCACGGAUUGCUCCUGUCAGUGGUCCUAG